AUGGCUGGGGAAAACUGGACUGCAGUGACAGAAUUUGUCUUCAAGGGGUUCACAGAUCGCCCCAUACUCCAGGUUACCCUCUUUGCGGUUUUCCUGCUUGUCUAUGUCACCACCGUGCUGGGAAACCUUGGCAUCAUUGCCGUGGUCUGUCUUGAUCCCCACCUUCAAACCCCCAUGUACUUCUUUCUUGCCAACUUGUCCUUCUUGGACCUGUGCUACUCCUCAGUUGUGAUGCCCAAAAUGCUGCUGACCCUCUCAUUGGAAAGGCAGACUAUUUCUUUUGCUGGCUGCUUUGUGCAGCUGCAUUUCUAUAUUGUUUUUGUAGUUGUGGAGUGCUAUCUCCUGGCUGUGAUGGCCUACGAUCGCUAUGUUGCCAUCUGCAACCCCUUGCGCUACUCUGUCAUCAUGUCCCAGAAGGUCUGCAUUUCCCUCUUGGCUGGGUCCUACAUGAUUGGGCUCUUUAAUUCCUUGGUCUUCAUGGGGUUUGUACUGAGAGCGUCCUUCUGUGGCCCCAAUGUCAUUGACCACUUCUUCUGUGACGGACCACCACUGUUAAAACUGGCCUGCUCUGACACUCGCCUCAACCAAAUGCUGGGACUUGUUUUUGGGAGCUUCAACGAGGUCACCACCAUAUUGGUCAUCCUCAUCUCCUAUGGCCACAUUCUGUUCACCAUCCUGAGGAUGGGCUCCGUGCCGGGCAAGCACAAAGCUUUUGGUACCUGUACAUCCCACCUGAUGGUUGUCAUCAUCUUCUAUGGGACCCUUCUCUUCAUGUACCUACGGCCCAGCUCCAGCUACUCCCUGGGCAGGGACAAAGUCAUUUCUGUCUUUUAUGCAGUGGUGACCCCCAUGCUGAACCCCUUCAUCUACAGCCUGAGGAACCAGGAGGUGAAGAGUGCUCUGAAGAGAGCGGUGGGGAGAAUAGUUAUUUCCCUGCUAAAGUGGUAA